AUGAUUCCACCAUCGAACUACCAUAGCGGUUACCUCGCCCCCACCAACACAAAAGACGUCGACGACUGGGAGGAAUGGGAAGACGACGAUGUCGUCACACCCAUAGAUGCCGGGGAGCAGGUUCAAAUCUGCCAGCCGCCCAACAUACCAACGUCAACUCAGAACAGAAACACAAAAUCUGCCACAUUGAGAGCCUCCAGAAUAUCUACAGCCAAAGUUCGUCGAAUCAAAUCACGUCAAAGGCAAAAGGCACAGAACGCAAAGGCUGGCAUUCGCCUCAUUACUGAUAUGUCAGUUUUUCGGCGCAAUAACCAUGUUGCCCAUUACAUGCGAAGCCCGACUGGCCGGACGGGGAAAUUCGUCGAUGCCGCUGCUCUGAGAGCUUUGGAAGGCGAACCUAGUUCCGCGUCAGUUGGCAAUUGGAACUGGUUGAAGAGGAGUCAUGGCAAGACUCCCGAUUCCGCGACACCGGCGCGAGGGGACCGAGGAAAGAACCAAGAACUGUCUCCAGAGGACCGUCCUAUUGUUAUAGGGAUCUCGCUGCCAUCUUCCGAUAUGGAAGGUCGGGAAAUCAGCCCGCAAACGGCCUUGAUCAAUGACUUGGAGACUCCGUUCCCGCCUACCCAGUCUGACAAUUCUCGUCAUCAGACGGGAAUAGCAACUGGUACACGCCCCCAAAAGUCUGUUUGGUCUCCAGAUACGCCGGAUACGUCGUGCUCAUUUGAAUCGAAUGGAGCAGCAUCAAGUGUGUACUCGCAACUUACCAUGCCAAGACAACUACCCAAGGAACAAACUCCACCUCCUGUUCCAGAGCUCCCUCCUGGUUACAAGAAGACUGCAAAGGAAAAGGCUCUGAGUCUUGACCUGUCAAAAAACCAACCGGAUGACGAUGAUAGUGGUACACCAUGUACUCUUUUUGAAGAGGAUGGUGCUUCAAGUCCGCAGAGACAGCCAAAACCCAGGGGACUUGGCAUUAGUCCUGAUAGUGCGGGCUCAAGAUCCCACGGCUGGUGGGAUCAUGUCGUUACACCCUUUGUUGACAAGAGGAUGUCCUUCUCCAGCCGAAAACUCAAAACUGAAUCUCCAAAGUCCCCGAAGUCCCCGAAAAUUUAUAAGGAGCAGUCAGGAAAUUCACCGUGGACAAGCCAUGAUAUCAAGGAAAAGCCUCAAGCAGCACCAUCCCCAAAGGUUGCUCCAGCACCAGUGAAAGCACCAAUUGUUCGAGCGCCAACUCCACGUCGAACACCGCCGCCAAGGUCUGAUACCAGGACACCAGAGAUGUCGCAACCCAAGUUGAUCCAGCCUCCUAUCUCGGCUCCUGGGCCAAGUACAAGACAGAUGCCUCAGAUUGUCAUUACUCGUGACAGCACCAGCACAUCAGAUAAUCCGCCACCCUACUCGCCACCAAAGAAGAAGCAGGAGGCCAAGUCGAUUAGAUAUCGUGCCGUGUUCCCACCUGGACACCCGCUGCAUUCACAGUUUCCUCCCUCCCCAAGGCCGGCUUCUCCAGGAUUGGCCGCUACAAUGACUUCUCAGAGAGGACGUCAACUGGAAACUGUUGACCGCACUCCCGCUCUGAUUCGGACACAAACGCCGCCGUUGAUUAGUGAACCACUUCCUGUACGAGCUAUGGGCACAUUUGUGCCCCAGGAGCAUGCAUACUCUGCCGCAGGAAACAGACACAAGAUUGAGCGCCAGAGGCGUCGACAUGAAAAAGAAGAUAUUAUUGCUCGCCGUGCUGGUGGCUUCUGGAGAGGACGUGGCUGCAUGCCCACGGGAGGAUGUUUCGGACGUACAGGUCGUGAGGGCCGCAAGAGAAGACGGGUCUGGAUGGCAAUCUGGGGAGGCAUUAUUUCUCUGAUCAUUCUUAUAAUUGUGUUGGCGGUGUUACUCACACGACGCCACAGCCCUGAGGAAAUACCUUCUAUUUGGGUCAACUUGACAGACUUUCCGCCUAUGCCGACAGGAGUCUUGACGGUUGUAGGACCAGAUAACAUCGCGGCCAAAUCUGUUUGCACGGCGCCGUCCACACUUUGGAGCUGCUCGCUGCCCAAGGAUCAGCAAGCAUCGGUUGCCCCAUACAAGCCAAACCAACCGACUCUGAUUAUGCAAAUUCAGUGGGACAACGGGACUCGUCGGUCAUGGAACGUUCCCAACGGAGAUCCGCCAACAGCUAUAUCAACUGUAACCCGAAGGGCAUUCGGGGCAGCAACAUAUGCGUUAAGCGUUCUCAAGCGAGCCCCAGUACCAACUGAGUUUACACCCAAUCCCGCACCACCCAAGUUCAAAGAAGUUUGGUUCCUCGGCGAAACAACCGACAACGUCAAGUCUGACCAGAAAGGAGGCGAGCCGGCCCCCUUCUACAUAAGUCUCCUCAAAUCAACAAACGACACGGUUGCAACACCAAGUCUCACCCGCAGAGGAAUCAGCCCCAACAUCGGCAACACCACGUUCAAAGAUCUCAUUCCACCACCCGAUGUAGAGAAGGAUGGCACGUCAGCCCCAGCGGUCAUGAUGCCCAACCCCGUCCAGCAACCCAUCCGCCUCUUCGACCGAGGUCUACCCACCGAACACUACGGUUUCUAUACCUAUUUCAAGCGCACAAUCUUCCUCAAAUCCGUCAACAUCCAGAACAAAACGGACAGCAAUAUCCCCCUCGACGAAGACGGCGGGUGUCGCAAAACAGAGGCAUCUCACCUCGUAACAUGGGGCGAAACCAGGCUCCAUGUGCAGAUAUGGACGCGAGCACUCUCAAGCAAUACGUCUUCUCUGCUGAAACCGGAUGGAAGUAAGGGGAUUGGGGGAACAGGCGAGCUUGUUCGUCCUGGAACGAUGCCCUACCCUGUGACUGUCACGCAAGAUACUCAUGGGGGCGACCCGGACAAGAAGCUGGUGUGGGAUAGACCUAUUGAUGAUCGGCUGCAGGUGGCGACUACUGAGGCACAGGCGUUUGUGAAUGAUAUGGGAGUUGGAGGAACGUGGAUUAACAAGAGGGCUACUGGGGAGGCAAAGUUUGGGGGAUUUGAUGGUGGCAGUGGAGGGUGUAAGUGUGAGUGGGUGAACUGGGUGUGA